AUUAAAAGAAAAGGAGAAGCUUUUUGGAAACUGCCUCUCGUCAGUCAUGUUCCAGAAGGGCAGUGUUACCAGAUUUCGCUUUUUCUCCCCAGAAACUUUCAAGAACAGUCAGUGUUGCAAACUGAAUACAUUACCGAACAACCAUUUGCUGGCAAACGAGACGCAGCAAUAAUGACCUCGAGAGCCAAAUUGCACUUCCUAGUGAGGAAACAUUUGAAAAGUAAACGUGCAGUGAAAAAGUCCACAGAACGCACUGACUGACUAGUUAUGGUAAUGAACUCAGUUUGUUUUGAAAGAAAGUAGUUACAGAAUUCUUUCAAGAUGUGUGAAGGGUACAAACUCCACCUCGACUUUGGGUAUGAGGAGAUCAACGGGACUAAAAAGUUGGUGCUCAUUCCUGUCAUCACCAAGUGCCCAGAGGACCCGGGUCCGUUCAUUGCUGCUGCUUUUCUCUCCAUACUUUUCGUGGCUGCGUUCAUUCUGAACCUGAUGGUGGUGGUGACGGUGGCAACGAGUUAUACUCUCAAGAGGUUCCUCUACUGCCAUCUGGUGGUCAAUCUCUCCGCCACAUGUAUGCUGGACUGUUUCUUAAACAUCAGCGUUGCCAUUGGCUAUGUGACAACAGCUCCGUGGCGAUUUGGUUAUUACCUCAGCUACUUCAACAGCUUCACCAUCAACAUGCUGAACAGUGAGAUGGCCUUUGCAGUGACAUUACUGGCGAUCGACAGAAUUGCUGCUGCCAAGAAGUUCACUAAAUAUCUUAACAUGAGUAAGUUUAACUUGGGAGUGAUAAUAAGUGCGACGUGGGCUGUGGCACUUUUAAUGGCCCUGCCUCUCGUCUGCGGUCUGAUCAUGAGUAUGCCUUACAGAAACAGGUACUCCUGCGCAGUGACUGAUCCAAAUGAUGAUUACUACCUCAUCAUCCACGUUCUCCUUGUACUAUGCGCCUGCACACUUGUGAUGGUAGUUUUAGUGAUUGUGACCUCGGUAGUAUUUCACAAGGAACGUAAGAAGCAGAAAAUCAAGGGCAACCAUACGAUGAGUUACUUUGACCAAAUCUUGAUGACACCAUAUUUCAGGAAUGAGUUCUAUCCUGCUGUGUUUGUUGGUUUUACAGUCAUUUUUUACUUGUUUUGUUGGCUACCGUUUACAGCCGUAAGUACAAUUGGGCCUAUGGUGACCAGACACUGGGUCAAUGAAACUGAGGAAGAACAGGGAGAGGAUAAAACCUUUAACAAGUACAUCCCAGUGCAAAGAAGUGGCUUCCGCAUGACGAAGGCCAUGUUAGAUGACAGUCAGUUACAGAAACUAAAUCAGACUAACAUCACCAGUUCACACGUCAACACAACAAACAUCACUUUGCAUCCUGGACUUAUUCCUGAAAUCAUUGAUACUCCAACCUAUGAAACUGCAUUCAUAUGGCUUAGGUUCUUGUAUGACCUCAUUGUGCCUAUACUGGUAUUCACCAUUCUGAGGGACAUUAGGGCUAAGAGCGAGGGACUCAUAAUGUGUUGUAGGCCUAAUUCUGUGAAUGUAGCCUCUCCUAAACCAAUUAGACCCUAUCUCAAUAAGAUGUCUAGCAGCAAUUCAGCGGAAGGUAAAGAAACUAGUUAUAAAUCUCAAAAGAAGAGCUCGAAAAAUGCAGUUGGCUUCAAGACCCCAAUACUUUUCGCAACUUCUGAAGGGCUUCACAUUCGAACUGUAGAGGAAACUUACCUCGACAUGCUUGAAAACAAGUCUCUGAUGGCUUUUGCAAAACAGCACAAUGACGCCCCAAGGUUUACUUACGAUUUGUGUGACGUGAUGCUUGGGUAUGAAGAUUUAACCGACUUCGAAGGCCAGUUCCAUAUUGAUGAUAAUUACGAUUACGACAAAGAACCACGCGAGGCUGACCUUGGACCAGCAAACCAUAUAGUUAACAAUGCUAGCAGGGCAGCCUUGGGUCAGAAACCGCUGCAAGAACCAGUAGUAGAAGAUGAAUGCGAAGAAAUACCAAUGGAAAAAGAAAUCCGACCGCCAACGCCUCCCAAAGUGCACAUAAAAGGAAAUGACCCAGCCAUCAGCUUCGGGGAAACAAUAGAGCCAACCAUCAACGACGCAAACAACGACGCAAACAAGCCCCAGAGAGGGAAGAAAAGCGUAAGAUUUGCGUCUGUUCUCACGGAAGAGAUUCCCAGACCAGAAACUGGCGAGAGCUCCGUCCUGAAUUCAUCCAUCAACAGCGAAAGAUCGAGUGACUCGGGAAUACUGGCUGACAGUGAAAGAUCUUCCGCCAAUGAACACAAAGACACGAGGCAACCAAAGCCAAUUCCAAUUAGAGACCGAAAGCCCAUCCCAAGAAGGGGCCCAGGAUAUCCUACAAAGAGGCUACAGGCCCCGCCGAGGAAUCCAAACGGUGUAAGGAAACCCGUAGUGACUAACGUGAGGAAUAUCAAAAGUCGUCAUUUUACUAAAAUUAAUGAUUCUAUAGUGUCUGUUGAUGAGAAGCCUCCAGCAACGCCCAGACGAUUCUCAAAACCCACUCCUCAGAGACCAUCGUGGAGUAAUUAAUGUGUAGAAUACCUUACUUUAUUCAUCAACAUACAAUUAAAAAAUAGAUAACUUGAAAUAUGCUGACAACAAAUUUUUUCUCAAUAACAGAGGAAAGAAUGGAACUCAUAAAAGUGAGUGUGUGUGUGCAUGUGUGUGUGUGUGUUAUAUCUAUUUUGGGUACUUCUGAUGUGCAGAUAAAGCCUGCUCUACCUAAUCCUGCAGUCACAAAUAUGAAAAACUUACUCUAACAAGCGAUAUAUUUUCUAUUUCAGACGAGAAAUGAUGUAUCUGUGUGGAUUUCAUAAAGUGUCGUACAAGAUUUAGAGAAAUCUCCAUGAAAUAAUGAAUGGAUUUAAAGACAGCAAAAAAAAAAAAAAAAAAAAAAAAAAAAAAAAAAAAAGAAA